AAAGAUGCGAUUCGACGUAGUAAAUCCUUUUCUGGGGGGUGGGGGGGGCUCCACGGGCUGAUCCUCAAGCGUCACAUUUUCCUCCCUGAAGUGAGAUUAUGCCGCAGCUCCAAACACACCAUCGGAUAAGCCAAGAGGAGGCCGACAGUGAAGAGGAGGUGUACGAAGUGGUUGACCUGACAGAAUAUGCUCGGAGGCACCAAUGGUGGAGCAGGGUGUUUGGGAACAACUCCGGCCCGUUGACGGAGAAGUACUCUGUGGCAACCCAGCUCAUGAUGGGAGGCCUGACAGGGUGGUGUGCUGGUUAUGUCUUCCAGAGAGUCGGGAAGGUCGCAGCAACUGCGGUCGGUGGAGGGUUUCUACUUCUACAGGUUGCCAACCACAGCGGCUACGUGCAGGUGGACUGGAAGAAAGUGGAGAAGGAUGUGAACAAAGCAAAGAAACACCUGAAGAAGAAAGCCAACAAAGCAGCACCUGAAUUCAACACAUUUAUUGAGGAGGUAAAGGCCACCGAUUUCAUCAAGAGGAACAUCGUCUUGUCCAGUGGCUUCGUGGGAGGAUUCUUCCUGGGUUUGGCCUCCUAAAAACUACUCAAUUCAAUCAUGACGUGGAUGGCUUUCAUCCCCAUCAGUGACCUAGGUCAGUGGUUCUCAGCCUUUUUUCAGUGAAUAUUUUUUUAAUUCAAGUACCCCCUAAUCCAGAGGUGUCCAAAGUACAAAUGGCCCCCGGUUAAUUGUUUACCUGCCCGCCACACAUUCUGCAAAAAUUGCAAAAUAGAUACUGCAAAAAUAAAUAAAUAAACAAUGGAAUGAGGUAAAAUCUAACGAGAAAAAGUUGCAAUGCUGACACAAAGCUGCUUUUUUUCUUGUCUUUGUUAAUUUUUAUUUUUUUUGCUAUUGCUCCAAAAAAAAAAAAUCUAUGUUAUAAUGAAUUAUUACUUAAAAAAUGUCACUUUAAAAUGUUUGUGUAAAAAAUAUUGCAUACAUUGUGCGGUUGCCCUGUAUAAAAACAAAAGUUUAAUGUGACAAAAGAGCAUAAAACAAACAAAAUAAUAGUUCAAACGUAAAAUCGACACAUAUAUCUGAAGUAGAUCUCGUAAUUUAAGUGUUAAAAAUAAAAAAAUUAAAGUGUAUUACUUUAUGAGUGGGGGACCUUGCAGAUCUCAAAUAUAUUUAGUAGGAUUUUAUUUAUUUUCACUGUGAUUACUCAAAAAUAUUAAUUAAAAUCAAUGAUGUCCUGCAUUAUUGAUCUUUGAGGACUUUAAUUGCUAAAUAAAGGAACUCUCCUGAAGGAAUCAAUAAAGUACUAAUUAUCUAAAUACUGCAUAUUUGUUGUCUUUGACAGGAAACCUUUUUUUUAACUAGUUGAUAUAGACAUUUACUGUAAGCAUUAAAUAAAAAAUAAUAAUAAUUUGAUUUAUUUUUAACAUUUUAAAAACUGAGACCCUUUAUGGUCCCCGGGAACCCUAAAGGUUAAAAAAAAAAUCCAUAUAUUUUGUUGUGGUUUGAAAAUGAAAAAUAUCAAAAUGGCCCCCACAUGCUUACAUUUUUUCCGUGUGCGGCCCUCUGUGGAAAAAGUUUGGACACCCCUGCCCUAAUCAGAGCAAAGCAUUUUUGGUUGGAAAAAAGAGAUAAAGAAGUAAAAUACAGCAGUAUGUCAUCAGUUUAUGAUUUAUUAAAUUAUAUUACAGUGCAAAAUAUUGCUCAUCUGUAGUGGUCUUCCUUGAACUAUUUGGAAUAAAAGAUAUACAAAUAAUUAAAAACUUGUUGAAAAAUAAACAAGUGAUUCAAUUAUAAAUAAAGAUUUCUACACAUAGAAGUAAUCAUCAACUUAAAGUGCCCUCUUUGGGGAUUGUAAUAGAGAUCCAUCUGGAUUCAUGACCUUAAUUCUAAACAUUUCUUCACAAAAAAAGUAAUCUUUAACAUCAAUAUUUAUGGAACAUGUCCACAAAAAAUCUAGCUGUCAACACUGAAUAUUGCAUUGUUGCAUUUCUUUUCACACUUUAUGAACUUACAUUCAUAUUUUGUUGGACUACAGUAUUUCCUUGUAUUGCUGCCGGGUAUAUAGUAUGUGCCUGCCUAGAAUUACUGCCGGGUCAAACUCGUUUCACAAAAUAUUAUUUUUAUUAGCGCAUGUCUAGAAUUUCCGCCGGGUCAAACUCGUUUCGCCAAAUAAUUAGCAUAUGCCUAGAAUUCCCACCGGGUCAAACUCGUCACGUCACCUGUCAUCAUUUUCAAAAUGGAGGAGGCUGAUUUCAAUCAUUUGAAAUCGCAUAAAGGGAAGAAGAUUAAGAGCUAUUCAGUAGGAUUUAAGGUCCAAGCUAUUGAAUAUGCUAAAAAGAACAGUAGGCAUCUAUGUUUUAUUAAUAUACCGUAGCUGUGUGUGUCAAAUAUGAGUCAUUAAAUGACUCCCGCCUCCUGGUGAUAGAGGGCGCUAGUGAUCCUUCUUGCGACUACUCGGCCGCAGAAGAAGUGACAACAAGCAGCAAGAGUGAGCAGCGAUCCUUUAUUUUUUCCUCUCGCUUGCACUUUUAACAUGGAGGAUUACAUAUCUAAAAUAAAACAGUUUUCUAAACUGGACUUUCAAUCGAAGCAGGAGGUAAUAAAGGAAGAUCUCCAUCGAGACAGAGAGACUUUUAAAACUGAAGAAAGAUAAGGAAGACUUCUAUAAACAAGUUAUCGAUGCUUUUGAUCAGAAGGAGCUGCGCAUGGACUUCAUUUAUAAGUAAAGGUAAGACCAUAAUAUCAUUUUUUUUAAUUAAAUGUGCAUUUCAUGAUGGUAUCCUUACAUCAUACUCAAAUGUAUAAGCGCAGGCCUAAAUUUAUCGCAUGCCUUUGGUAAGUGCCGGAGUGAGAAGAGGUUUUAAAUUAAUUAGCUCCCCGGCGGCAAUUCAAGGAAAUACGGUAUUAAUCAAUAAAUAUAUUUAUAAAGGAUUUUUAAAUUGUUGCUGUUUUUAGAAUAUUUAAAAAAAAAAAUUCACGUACCCCUUGGCAUACCAUGAAUUGAUUAACGUGGACCCCGACUUAAACAAGUUGAAAAACUUAUUGGGGUGUUACCAUUUAGUGGUCAAUUGUACGGAAUAUGUACUGUACUGUGCAAUCUAUCAAUAAAAGUAUCAAUCAAUCAAAAACCUUCAAGUACCCCCAUUUGAGAACCACUGACCUAUGUUAGCAAUAUCCAGUUGUCAGCUGCUGUUAUUUCCCAUGAUGUACUUUUGUGGAUUACCUCACCAAUCUUUAGUUGUUUCAUGUGUUUGGAGACGACUGCACUGAUGGUUGAAUGGAAACAAGUUCUAAGCUGCACUGGACUUGGUAUCGCCAUCAAACAUGAUCAGAAUUGUCAUUAGUAAUAGUUUGAAGUGUGCCAACCAUGACAUGUAUUUAUUUCUUUACCCUUCAAAUAUCUCCAUGCAGUGAUGGCAGAAUGGGAAUCUGGCCAGGAUCCCUCAUGCACACCAGCGCUGGUCACUUUGCUAAUAACACCCUCUUUCAGGGGUCGGGAACCUUUUUUGCUGAGAGAGCCAUGAAAGCCAAAUAUUUGAAAACGUAUUUCCUUGAGAGCCAUAUUAUAUUUUUUCACACUAAAUUCAACUAAAUGUGUGCAUUGUUUAAGUAAGACCAACAUUUUUAGAGUGUAAUAAGUCAAUAAUUAUUUUUUAUAACAUUAUUUAUUGAACAGGUGACGUAGAAAACACAGAUGGAUUAAAAUGCAUGAGAAUGUUUUAUAUUUUUAACGUUAUUUUUAACAUCGUGUUUACCAGCGGAAUUAUUCAUAAUUAUCGUGUUAAGCAAUGUCAGCUAAGAUUGAUCUAAGAGCCAGAUUCAGUCAUCAAAAGAGCCACAUCUGGUUCUAGAGCCAUAGGUUCCCUACCCCUGCCCUAUUUUAUUGUUGCCUUAUAUUAUGUUUACGUAUUUUGCGAUCUGUGAAAUUUAGUUUUUUACUUUGCGAAGUUUGCGAUUCUGUUCAUAACUUUUAUGGACAGAAUUUCUAGGCGCAGUCAAGGCGUUGAGGGGAUCUGGUUUGGUGACCGCAGGAUUAGGUCUCUGCUUUUAGCAGAUGAUGUGGUCCUGAUGGCUUCAUCUGACCGGGAUCUUCAGCUCUCACUGGAUCGGUUCGCAGCCGAGUGUGAAGCGACCGGAAUGAGAAUCAGCACCUCCAAGUCCGAGUCCUUGGUUCUCGCCCGGAAAAGGGUGGAAUGCCAUCUCCGGGUUGGGGAGGAGACCCUGCCCCAAGUGGAGGAGUUCAAGUACCUAGGAGUCUUGUUCACGAGUGAGGGAAGAGUGGAUGGUGAGAUCGACAGGCGGAUCGGUGCGGCGUCUUCAGUAAUGCGGACGUUGUAUCGAUCCGUUGUGGUGAAGAAGGAGCUGAGCCGGAAGGCAAAGCUCUCAAUUUACCGGUCGAUCUACGUUCCCAUCCUCACCUAUGGUCAUGAGCUUUGGGUCAUGACCGAAAGGAUAAGAUCACGGGUACAAGCGGCCCAAAUGAGUUUGGGUCUCUCCCUUAGAGAUAGGGUGAGAAGCUCUGCCAUCCGGGAGGAACUCAAAGUAAAGCCGCUGCUCCUCCACAUGGAGAGGAGCCAGAUGAGGUGGUUCGGGCAUCUGGUCAGGAAGCCACAUGAACGCCUCCCUAGGGAGGUGUUUAGGGCACGUCCAACCGGUAGGAGGCCACGGGGAAGACCCAGGACACGUUGGGAAGACUAUGUCUCCUGACUGGACUGGGAACGCCUCGGGAUCCCCCGGGAAGAGCUAGACGAAGUGGCUGGGAAGAGGGAAGUCUGGGUUUCCCUGCUUAGGCUGCUGCCCCCGCGACCCGACCUCGGAUAAGUGGAAGAUGAUGGAUGGAUGGAUGGAAUGGACUUUGCGAAAUUGUCUGGAUUCAACAAAAAAAUCAUGCGGGUUGGUUGUUGACAUUUGUAAAGACCAAGAAAAUAAAUUCUGUUGACAAGGAGUAAAAA